AUGAAGAAGCUUCAAGCUACCGCUGAGAGCUCUACUAAAGUAGAAGACGAAGAGACUACUGAGACGGCUAUUAAAGAGUCAAUUCCAAGCCAAAAGAAGGAAACUAGCGAGAUCUUCGAUAAAAAAGUCAAGAAAGACUACGACGAAACAUACAACCAAGAGCAGGACGCUCACUACGACGUCUUUGACGACAUCUACGAUACUGGCCAUGUCUCAAAAUCCGCAGAGCGGAGCUUUGGCAGACUGUUCUUCAAUAUCGACAUCCCACACUACUGCGACCAAGCUCAUAACAUUAAAUGGCAUAAAUAG